CCAGUUGCAGUAUAUAAGAAGAAGCGGUCGGCGGCUAAACCUUCUCCAGGGCGGAAAGGAAGUAUACAAGCCGUAGGGGGCGACGAGAGGCGGCGGGACCGAGAUGGAUCGGUACCAGAGGGUGGAGAAACCAAGGGAGGAGACCCCGAUUAACGAAAAUGAGAUCCGUAUCACGUCUCAGGGGAGGAUGCGCAACUACAUCACGUAUGCCACCAGCAUGCUUCAGGAAAAAGAUUCAAAUGAAAUCAUCUUGAAGGCAAUGGGUAGAGCUAUCAACAAGACUAUUAUGAUUGUGGAACUGAUCAAAAGGAUAGUUGAUCUACAUCAAAAUACAGCUAUUGGAUCUGCUGACAUAACUGAUACAUGGGAACCAUUAGAGGAAGGCUUACUUCUGCUUGAGACAACUAGACAUGUCUCUGUGAUCAGUAUAACUUUGUCAAAGAAAGAGCUGGAUACAUCUGCUGUUGGGUUUCAACCUCCAUUGCCCAAAGAUGAGGUUAAACCCUUGGGUGAAUUCGGCUAUGGAGGAGAGGGCUCACCCAUGAGUCGAGGUAGAGGCCACGGUGGCCGUGGCAGGGGAAGGGCUUAUGGAGAUGAUACGGCGGAUUAUGGUGAUGGAAGCUGGGACAACAAGGGACGUGGAUACAGUAGAGGCGGCUAUUUCCGUGGCAGAGGCCGAGGUUUCCGUGGCAAAGGUGGUUAUGGUGGCCAGCCUGAUUUUCAGCAGGAAACCAAUGGCAAUGACAAUGAGGGUUCUAUUCCUGUUCGGGGCAGAGGUCGUGGUCGUGGUAGGGGCCAAACCCGAGGAUGGGGUCGAAAUUCUCAACUGAACGGACUGAUCCAUGCUGGUGCUGUUGGUGCUUAAUCAGAUUGAUAUCAUCUGCAUGAUUUCUGCUUUUGUGUCUGGAUGGAUGCCUGCUCUGAUGAGUUCAUCAUUUGUUUCCUAAUGCUGGAUUAGCCAUUCCUGUGUCAUGAUAUAGCAUCACAAUGAAUCACUAUGAUCCCAAGAGUUCUAGGCAGCCAUUAGUUUUUUUUCUAUGAGAAGACUAAUAGUAGGUCUAAUCAAUAGAGCAGUACAUUCUUUUAUUUAGUUUCUUUUGUAAAGGUAGCAUGAUAAAUACUUAGCCAUGCCAUAAUUUCUUAUUAAUGAGUUGCCCAUUUUAGCAUUGGUUUAGUGCUAUCUUGUAAUGACAUCUUUUUAUUAUAGUAACAUCUCUAAGAUUAAUAUUUUUCA